GUUCACUAAACUUAAUAAUGGAGUAUGACCGGUAAGGCCGGGAUUGUGCACCUUGCUCAUCAACAUUAAAAAAUCACUCCUAUGUUAAAUACCCAAUCAAAGAAGGAAGCUCAUCACAGCCAUGAACACCCGGCAAAAACCCCACGUCGCAAUGGUGACCUUUCCUGCAAUGGGGCAUAGCAUCCCAUCUCUAGACUUAGCCAAAUUGCUCGCUUCACACUCUCUCGCCUUCAGCUAUAUCACCACUCGCACCAUAGCACAGCGUCUGCGAGGUCUCAUGGAAGAAUCCAGCCAGGCUGCCGCUCUGGAUAUUUAGCUGGUCGGCCUAAAUCCAUCCAACACCAUUCAAUGUCUGCCAGAGGGACGGGAAAGUAUGGAUCUUCUACCACGGAAAUCCGGACCCAUUGUUCUUUCAUUCAUCGAGAGCCUUCGAGACCCUUUCGAACGGUGGGUCGAAGAGCAGGGCAUUCGUCGACCUGUGUGUAUACUUAGCGACCUGUUCAUCAACUGGACUGUGCACUCUGCGGAGAGAUUUGGAACUAUUAGGGUCAUUUUCGCCCCAUGUGGGGCUUUUGGGACCUCUGUAUUUCACGCCAUCUUUGGCUCCAUAACCACAAACACCGUGCGGAAGGAGGGCGAUAGCGUUAUAGUCGAUGGUAUUUUAUCGUCUGCAGUUAAAUUUACCAAGGAACAGAUGCCUGAUAGACUUCUCCAGCUAGAUCAAUCUGACCCGGGUAGAAGGUUUUUAACAGGGAAGAUGCAGUCAAUGAGUAAAUGCUGGGGAAUGCUCGUCAACACGUUCGACGAGCUCGAGCCUCAUUAUCUUCAGCACUUGGAAAAUAUACUAAACGGUAAACCCCUUUGGUCUGUCGGUCCUGUAGUUCCUUUGGGCUGUAUUGCUAAUCAGAGGGGGAAAGCAGCGGACAUUAGCGAGGAUAAGUUGGUGCAAUGGCUAGAUUCUAAGAGCCCCUGUUCGUUUAUCUAUGUUUCAUUUGGAAGCCAGGCGUUUCUUUCACAAGAGCAAACUCAGGCACUGGCGAGGAGUCUUGAAGCCAGCCAUCAGCCUUUUGUUUGGUCGAUCAAAGUUUCCCCGGAAACUGUAUCUGCAGAAUCGAACCAGGAAGAAUUGUGUGCUUCCUACCUUCCAGAAGGGUUUAUGGAGAGAGAUAAUGGGUUGGUCAUAUGGGGAUGGGCACCACAGCUUGUCAUUUUGUCGCACCCAUCUGUGGGUGCCUUUAUGAGCCACUGCGGAUGGAAUUCCACUCUAGAAAGCAUUUUGAUGGUGGUUCCGAUGGUCACAUGGCCGAUGUUCGGAGAACAGCAUUUUAACUCUAAGCUGGUGACUGAGGAACUGGGCAUCGGCGUUCAGUUUUGCCAACACAUGGAUGGGAUUCCUUGUGAAGACAAGGUGGAGAAAUCUGUAAGACUUGUCCUCAGUAGCGAGGAAGGCACAGAUAUGAGAAAACGUGCUGUGAAAUAUCAGAGAUUGGCUAAACAAUCUGUUGGAGGAGGAGGAUCUUCGACCUUAAAUUUACAAGGUUUUGCAAAUGAGAUGCAUAAGCUCAUGAAUUGUAAUGGUGAAGAUAGGAUUGGUGAUGGAUAUGAUCUGUCUGUCUGAUGUAUUGUUUAAAAGUAGAGUCGUGGAUUCAGAAAAAUACAUAGGUGCAAAAUUUUAAAAUUACUUACACUUCUCGUUGCAAAGAAGUGCCCAUAUCACAUGCAUGGCGCUGGAUAUGGCACCGCCACAACAUGAGGCUUCUGCAAUCCACGCAGUUGAUGUCAGUUUUGAGAGCAAUAAUUUCGGUGAUUAUUGCAUGGCUUUUUUUUGCAUGUGAGGUUCAUCAUGCUUUUCUCCAUGCACGGAAACUGGCAUACAGUCCUGCGAUUUGACUCUAAUUUUGUUUCUGUUGUUUCUGGUGUCGGUUUCUGUAGAUAUAAUAAGAAAUAACUAUGCGGGCCUUAUU